UGUUGUUGCAGCAAACCCGGACUGCAUACCUGCAGUUACAGCAUACAGGAAGAGUCUCCGUCGCUCUGCUUCUCCCAGCACCUCUUGUCAGUCUCUAAAUCUGUGUAUUUGAGCCUAGACUGGGGCUUUAUAGUUAAGUCAGCAGAUAUGUCGGUGAUACUGUAUUAUACCAGCGUGAGCGGCUCUCUUGCGCUGAAGAAGAAUCAAGACCGUAUCAUUUCUGUCCUGACCUCCAAAAAGAUCCCCUUUGAAGCUGUGGACAUUGCUCAGGACACAGAAGUCAAGGAUUUAAUGAGGAAAAGGGUAGGGGACCCAACUGCACUACCCCCACAAAUCUGCAACGGAGACGUCUACUGUGGUGACAUCACCGCAUUUGAGAAUGCAAUUGAGACGGAUCAAUUAGAGAAGUUCCUCAAACUCUAAUUGGCAGACAUCACGAGCGACAAAUACAUCUUUCAGAGUGGAUAUUCUGUGUUUCUGUGAUGAGAAAAUGCAAAUAUGAAGCGGUGUAACUGCUUUUAAUAUGUUCUGUUUCCGUUGUUAUUGGCAUGCGAGAACAGUUGCAUGUCUGAAAUGUUUGUACAAUUGAAAUAAAAUUCUUGAAAUUGUUUGAAUUGAA